GAAACCCGAGAGUGAGCUUUAACAACGCAUUGGCUCUUUUCUUUUUCCAAAUUCCAACCGAACCAGUAGCAGUAGGGCCAUUCUUAAAGCCUCAAACUUUUUUCCCUCUCGCCGUUGUCGUACACCGGAGGUUCUGGGCACUCACGUACAACUGAGAGUAGCGAUCUCUGCAGUUUACAGAUUGGUUGGGCAUAAAAGUCAAUUUUCAGGCAGAAAAGAACACAUUUCUUCUCUCUCCAGGAUACUAGAGGUUGACCUCGCACACACUUUGGAGUUGUCAACUUCACUGGUGAUUUAUUUAUUUGGGUAAGUGCGGUGCAAGGACAGACGUAUUGUUCAUCAGCUUCAUACCUGUCUCAAUUUUGAAUAUGAUUGACAUGGCAUGGCUUAGCGCCAUGUUACUUGGAGCAGGAUGCCUUGCUUUGGGUUAUAUUAUUGGGAUGCGACAUUCUUCUCCCACUUUUCUCUCAAACAGAGCAUCUGGUGUUACUGAAACUAUAAUUGAUGGGAAAAAGAGAAAAGGGGCCAAGCAACCUCUUGAAGUAGAAAGGCUGGCUGACAUCCUUGAAGAUUUUAAAAUGGUUUUGGUCGUCAGGAAUGACUUGAAGAUGGGGAAAGGGAAAAUAGCUGCACAAUGCAGUCAUGCAACUCUGGGUCUCUACAAGAAGCUUCAUAAUAGGGCACCAAAGGCUUUAAAUAGAUGGGAGAUGUGUGGACAGGUGAAGGUGGUGGUGAAGAUUGAAAGUGAAGAUGAUAUGUUGGUUUUGCAAGAAAGAGCAAAAUCAAUUAAUAUACCAACACACAUUACAAUUGAUGCUGGGAGAACCCAAAUUGCACCAAACUCGAGGACAGUGAUGGCUAUACUUGGACCGGCUGACAUGGUUGACAAUGUAACUGGGGGAUUGAAACUUUUGUAGUCACUUAAUUCUAACGUUUUAAGGGCCUGUCUCUGCAGUAUGGAACAAGAAUGAGAAAACACCAUUAGAGGGAAGUUGGGAAUUCAGCUAUCACCCAUGAUAAUGAAAACAUUUGUUUUAAUCUCUAUAACAUUUCUAUCAUGCAAUGCAGUUUUAAUGCUCUACUUUUUUCC